GAGGGUGAGUGAAUUGGACCCUGUCUCUUCCCGUCCGUCUUAGGGCGGCUUUGCCUGUGCUGGGCUGUGGGGGCCGGGAGGGGUAGGUGGGCUGUAUGGGGUCGGGGGAAGGAGAUUAUAGGGCUGGAAAGAAGCAUCAUCCACUGGAAUCAUCCCUAAGUGCCCCAGCUCAGGAACUAGGCUCUCCAGCCCCCUGUGUGGGGGAGGGUUUUUGCCCAUUGCCGUGCCCCCCAACGGGGGGGGGGGGGCUGGGCGGUCUCUGCCCCCCGAGUGGGAGAGCGGAGGGAAGUUGUGGCAUCUCUGUUCCUCUUACAGGAUUUGGGGGGGGGGGUGUAUCCGUAUCUCUUAACGAUGGACCGCGGUGGGGGGGGGAGGAGGGGUUUGUGUACAUCCCUUUGCCAUCUGACUGGGGGCGGUUUCUAGGGUCGAGUAGCGCUCUGAUAACAAAUAGUUCCUCUGCCUAUCUCCUUCUCCCCACCACGUACCCCUCUUAGAGGUAUAGGGUACAGCGGUUUCAGGGUUAGACCUUAAACAGAAACAGACUCAACCUCCAAUAGCUCCUGAGGAAAUCAGGACCGGGAUGAUAGAGAAAACCCCACGGUAUUAAUGUAUGUUAAGUAAAGGGUGGGAGGAUUUAGUUUUGUUGCAUACUUAAGAAAUGUGGUGCUGUAAUCUAACGUUCCAGUCCAGUGUGCUUUUUUUCACCUCUUUUAUUUAUAUGAUCUUCCUACUUGAAGGCCAUUUAAGCAGCUUAAGAGAAGUAUAGUUCCCUGGCCCCAAGGGGAUUAGUGAUUAACUCCUAGUAUCUGUUGAAGUGAUGAUCAUAUUUUGUUUGUGGUGCUAUGUACAAGGAUGCUAAAAUGUCUUUCUAUAAAUUAUCAACAUCGUUACUGAAAUACAACCACCUUUAGGGUGAAGGGUGGCCACCACCUGGCUCAUAAACACACUCCACAAAGCAUUCCAUGUGGAGACCUGGAAGUCUGAAGGAAACUUAAAAAAAAGAAAUGAUCCCCCGUGGAUUUGAGAUUAUGUUAGUCGACUCCCACUGAUGGCAUGUUGAAGUUCAUUGAACAGCAGCUGAGAGGGCGUCGGAUCAGAAGGGGACUGCUCUAAAAGUUGGGCUUGCAACAACAUGGGCCAGUGUGUCACUAAGUGCAAGAAUCCUUCUUCUACCCUUGGCAGCAAAAAUGGAGACAGAGAAUCUAGCAGCAAGUCUCAUGGCAAAAGAAGUGCAGUUCACAAAGAAGAACAUACCUCAGUAUGUGUGAAAUCCUCUGGCGACAUACUUGUUAAUGGGACAAAGAAAACGGAUACUGCUUUAGACUCUAGUCAACCUUCAACUUUCUCUGGGGAUGCAAAGAAAGAGCCUGUCUCCAGCACAGAAGAAUCUUCAGCCCAAAGGAUUGGGGAAUUGUUUAGGAGAUACAAGGACGAACGAGAAGAUGCCAUACUGGAAGAAGGCAUGGAACGUUUUUGCAAUGAUCUCUGUGUUGACCCCACUGAAUUUAAAGUGCUAGUCUUGGCUUGGAAAUUCCAGGCAGCUACCAUGUGCAAAUUUACAAGGAAGGAGUUCUUUGAGGGCUGCAAAGCAAUAAAUGCGGACAGCAUUGAUGGCAUUUGUUCUAGGUUCCCCAGCCUCUUAAAUGAAGCCAAACAAGAAGAUAAAUUCAAGGAUCUGUAUCGUUUCACCUUUCAAUUUGGCCUGGACUCUGAAGAAGGACAGAGGUCUUUACAUCGGGAAAUAGCCAUUGCCCUUUGGAAGUUAGUCUUCACCCAAAAUAACCCCCCUAUAUUGGACCAGUGGUUAAACUUCCUAAUUGAGAACCCCUCAGGAAUCAAGGGAAUCUCCCGGGAUACAUGGAACAUGUUUCUAAAUUUUACUCAGGUGAUUGGACCAGACCUUAGCAACUACAGUGAAGAUGAGGCCUGGCCUAGUCUCUUUGAUACCUUUGUGGAAUGGGAAAUGGAACGAAGGAAAAAAGAAGAGGAAAACAAAUGUAUUACAUGUUCAGACACAGAGGGUCCGUGUAUAGAAGAACAGACUUAACAGCAUUUAAGCAGCAGUGACAGAAAUAACCUGUUGCCCUUCAUUAAAUGUAAACUCUGGACCUUUCUGGAAAUUA